UUUCAGCUUCCGCUAGCCUCCCCAGACCCAGCCCGGCCACUUCCUGAGUAAUUUCCUGUCUUUUUCUCUCCUACUUGAUUUAUUUUUGCAGCCCCGGGGCUGCACCCGGGCUUUGUGUGCGCUCGGCAAGCACUCCACCAUGCUGCCUUGUUAUUUUUAAAGCAACUACAAAAAAAGAACACAGGGUAACUAUAGGCUGCCCGGCUGUCACUCAGGGAGGACUUUUAAGGCAGCGGCUCUCCCACUGUGGGAAAAGCCACUAGGGUGUCGGGAGCUCCUCGGUAGUGAGAGAGCCGCAGGCCGAGUUUGCAGCAAGACGCUGCCUGCCAUUCGGAGCGAGCACCCAGCUUGCAAGUCAGAGCAGGAAAGCCUGGGCCAGCCGCGAGCCGGAGACCUCCCCGUCUGUCCCCGGGACAGCCUAACUUGGUGCUUGGUGCGCGCGGAGUUUGGGCCCUGGAGGCUGAGCCGGGCUCAGAUGCUGAGGAGGCUUGGGCGAGUCUGAGUCGCCCUGAGGUCCAAAGCGCACCCAGAGGAGCUGCAGUUUGUGCUGGCCGCACUGCUCCGACGCCGUCACUUCUUGCAGGACCGGGACAGAGCGCGGACAUGCUGCCCGGGCACCGCGUGUGGACGUGCGCGGCCGUGGCGCUUGGACUGGCCCUGGCCCUGAAGACGUCUGCCGGCAGCGAUGCCCCCCGGCCCCGGCCCAACUUUCUCCUCCUCAUGGCGGACGACCUCGGCAUUGGGGACGUCGGCUGCUACGGCAACACCACCAUAAGGACUCCGAACAUUGACCAGCUUGCGGAAGACGGGGUGAAGCUGACCCACCACAUUGCCGCAGCAUCCGUGUGCACCCCGAGCCGUGCUGCUUUUCUGACGGGGAGAUACCCUAUCCGCUCAGGUAUGAUUUCCUACAAUGGUUACCGUGUUGUUCAGUGGGCCGGGGCUGCUGGGGGCCUCCCACCCGGAGAGAUAACUUUUGCAAAAAUAUUGAAAGAAAGAGGCUAUACCACAGGACUGAUAGGAAAAUGGCACCUGGGGCUGAACUGCAGGUCCCCCCGCGAUCACUGCCACCACCCGCUCAGCCACGGGUUCGACCACUUCUACGGAAUGCCGUUCAGCCUCAUGGGCGACUGCCUGCGGUGGGAGCUCUCCGAGAAGCGCGUCGGCCUGCAGCACAAGCUCGGCCUCUGCUUCCACAUCCUGGCCUUCGCCGCUGUCACGCUGGCUGCCGGGAGGCUCACUCACCUGCUCCCCAUCUCCUGGGUGCCCGCCGUCUUGGUUGCCCUCUUGGCCGCGGUGGUCUUCUUGAUUUCCCACUUCCUGGGGGACCUGCUGGUGCACGCGGACUGCUUUCUCAUGAGAAACCACGCGAUCACGGAGCAGCCCAUGCGCUUUGAGAGAACGACCUCUCUCUUGCUGGAGGAGGUCUCGUCCUUUCUGAAAAGGAACAAGGACGGGCCGUUCCUCCUCUUUGUGUCCUUUCUCCAUGUCCACAUCCCGCUGGUCACCACCAAGGACUUCCUGGGGAGGAGCCAGCAUGGGCUCUACGGGGACAAUGUGGAGGAGAUGGACUGGAUGGUCGGUCGGAUCCUGGGCAGCCUGGAGGAAGAAGGACUCAGUGGCAGCACCCUGGUGUACUUCACAUCUGACCAUGGGGGGUCCCUGGAGUCUCAGCUUGGGGGCCACCAGUACGGAGGCUGGAAUGGGGUCCACAAAGGCGGCAAAGGCAUGGGGGGCUGGGAGGGCGGCAUCCGCGUGCCUGGGCUCCUGCACUGGCCCGGGGUGCUGCCCGCCGGCCGAGUGAUCCCCGAGCCCACCAGCCUCAUGGACAUCUUCCCCACCGUGGUGCGGCUGGCGGGCGGCCAGGUGCCGCAGGACAGAGUCAUCGACGGGCACGACCUGUGGCCCUUGCUGCGGGGAACGGCCGGGCACUCGGAGCACGAGUUCCUCUUCCACUAUUGUGAGCACCUGGUGCACGCGGCCCGGUGGAACCAGCGUGAGGCAGGAGGAAGAGUGUGGAAGGUCCACUUCAUGACACCGGUCUUCCAGCCAGAGGGAGCGGGUGCCUGCUACGGGAGAGGGGUCUGCCCCUGCUCGGGGGACAACGUCACCCGGCACGACCCGCCUCUGCUCUUCGACCUCGAGAGGGACCCGGGGGAGCGCCAGGUCCUCACGCCCGACACGGAGCCAGCAUUCCACGCGGUGGUGUCCAGGCUGCGGCGGGAGGUGGAGGCACACCGGCGGGAGCUCAAGCACGACGUCUUCCAGCAGCUGGGCACCUACCUCAACACCUGGCGGCCCUGGCUGCAGCCCUGCUGCGGCACCUUCCCCCUCUGCUGGUGCAGCCCGCAAGAGGACCCCCGAUAGACUACUGACACCCGCGCCGUGCCGUCGGCAAACUCUCGUCCAAAGCAGCCGUCCGGGUGCGGAGCCUGCUUGGCAGAACCAGGAAAGCGUGGUCCUAGUAAAACAGUACGAGCCCGAGGAAACUGCAGGGCACAGCUCACACCAAAUAAAAUGCACAGUGUCCUGGUCACAGGGGCAGUCAACCAUC